AUGCUUCGCGUCUACAUCGGCACUGUGCUGGAGAAAUGGUACCCUUCCACGGUGCUGGUGGCGCCGGAUCCACCGGCGUUCGCUGCGGCCCGUGGGUCGUGUGCUUGUCGCCUCGCUAGUAGCGUCGAGGUGCUAAUGGCUGGUGCAGCAGAGGACGAAAAAGGAGCAGCUGGGGAGAACUUUGCGCCCACCAGGUCCGAGCGGCAGGCCAAGCACCCCCUCGAGCAGGCUGAGAACAUCGCUGGCACCUCCAACGUACCACUGUCCGCAACGAUGUUCCAAGCUGCAAUGGACGUGAUGUCGAUGCCCAUCGCGCCGGAUGCCGAUGCGGUGGCGAACCAAGCAGAACUGGAGGCGCAGCGUCAGGCACUUCUUCACGGAGCCGCCGACAUCGCCCGCGCUCAGCAGGAACUCAACAUAACCCUAUGUGAGUACAAUGCAGCACAUGGCUUUGUUUCUGUUAGCGCUAAUCCUGCUAGGCCUACGCUACCGCAGCUGAGCGAGGUCGACGAUGUCGGAGAGAUCAAGAACAUGGACUGCGGCCUGCCAUCGGGCUCCUUUGAAAUUCGUGCAAAAAAGAUUCGGAAAGCACAGGAGCACUUCCCCCCAUUGCACUAUUGGGCGCACAAGUUUGUAGAGAAAUGCAAUGGCUUGCCAAUUGCUAUUGUGUGCAUUGGGCGCCUCCUGUCAUUCAAGAGCGCAACAUUUUUGGAGUGGGAGAAUGUAUACAGAACUCUUGAGAUGAAAUUUACAAACAAUUUCAUCCUGGAUAUGAACAUAAUCUUGAAGGUUAGUUUGGAAGACCUGCCACACAACAUGAAAAACUGUUUUCUUUACUGCUGCAUGUUCCCAGAGAAUCAUGUGAUGCAAAGGAAGUGGCUAGUACGGCUCUGGGUUGCAGAAGGAUUUAUUGAAGCGAGUGAGCAUAAGACACUGGAGGAGGUUGCAGAAGAUUACUUGACCGAGCUCAUCAACCGAUGUCUGUUACUGGAGGUUAAGAGGAAUGAAUCAGGGUAUGUUGAUGAUUUCCAAAUGCAUGAUAUCCUUCGGGUAUUAGCCCUUUCUAAGGCACGCGAAGAGAACUUUUGCAUUGUCCUUGAUUACUCGAGGACUCAUCUUAUUGGAAAAGCACGUCGUUUAUCAAUUCAAAGAGGGGAUAUUGCACACCUUGCAGAAUCUGUUCCGCAUCUCCGUUCCUUGCUUGUUUUCCAAAAUUCGCUAACUUUCGGCUCACUUCGUUCAUUCUCAAGGUCUGUUAAGCUAAUGUCUGUACUGAAUCUGCAAGAUAGUUCAAUUGAGGGUUUGCCAAAUGAGGUGUUUGACUUGUUCAAUCUGCGUUUUCUGGGCCUUAGACGAACUAAAAUUGCAAAUCUCUCACGUCAUAUUGGAAGGCUACAAAAUCUGCUUGUUUUGGAUGCUUGGAAAAGCAAAAUUACCAACCUACCUGUCGAAAUUACAAGGCUCUGUAAGUUGACACAUCUUAUUGUCACUAUGAAACCAUUGAUACCGUCUAUGCAAUAUGUUCCUUCUAUUGGUGUACCAGCACCUAUUAGUGGUAUGUGUUCUUUGGCAAGUCUGCAGACAUUAUUGUUGGUGGAAUCUAGUUCUGAAAUGGUCAAUUACCUUGGUGCUCUAGUUCUGUUGAGAUCAUUCAGCAUCAGUAAAGUUCAAGGUCGCCACUGUGAAAAGCUGUUCAUAGCUAUUACCAAUAUGGUUCAUCUAACACGGCUUGGGAUCCAUGCAUAUGAUGAUGAGGAAGUUCUGCAACUCGAUGCACUCAAUCCACCUCCAUUACUUCAGAAGAUUUUCUUGCAAGGGAAAUUAGAUAAUGAACCAUUACCUCGGUUUUUCUUAUCGAUUGGUACACUGAAAAGCCUCUCCAUUCUACGACUUGUCUGGUCAAAACUUCAGGAAGAUAUGUCCUGUUAUCUUGAGGAAUUACAUCAGUUAGUAAAACUUCAACUCUAUGAUGCAUUUGAUGGCAAUAAGAUAAACUUCCGAGCAACGUCAUUCCAGAAACUUCGAGUACUAAAAAUCUGGGGAGCUCCACAUCUCAGGCAGAUCACGAUAGAAAGAGGGGCACUGCCCAGUUUGGUUAAUUUGAAGCUCCUACUCUGUCCAGAGUUGAAGUUGUUGCCAGGUGGCAUUGAACAUGUGAGCACUCUCGAAGAGCUAACUUUGAAUUCUACAGCAGAAGAGCUUGUGGAAAGGGUUCGACAGAAGAGAGAGGAGAUCAUAUCACAUGUUCAGAGAGUUUACGUCGGUUUCGUCAGGAACGGCGAGCUGGCUGCAGAGAGGAUUCAGUAAAUGCAGUUACAUCCAGACUGCCAUUGGUUCUUCUCUGCUAUAAUUUCUUCAGCCAUUAUAUGGCAUAUGAUGUAACACAUAACCUCCUGUUUUUAUCCGCAACAUAUCAUUUUUAGCGCCUUUUGAAGUCUUCGUGUGUCCAUGUUUCUGUUUGUGUUUGCUAUAUCUAGGUAAUUUUAAUAUGAUUUGUAAUAUAAUCGUCAGCCUCGCGGCACGGUGCUGUUUUUGCGUUGCAUGACUGAUGUUUUUACAGUUUCUAGGUCUGAAUAAAUAAAUUCUUGUAUUUUUA